AUGGCCUCAAAUGCCGCAUACCACCUUAAAGAAGUGGAGGAUAAGGCUUUCAUCCAAGUCAACACUCUGCUUCUCGAUGUCCUAAACGCGAAAGUCAAAGCAUCCCCUUCUCGAGAUAUGACCGACUUGCUAGAGAGCAAGGCCAAAACAUAUCCUAUGAUAUCCUAUGCUACGGGAAGCGUUGCAUUGGUGGCAACCAGCGAGGUUAUUUGGCACCUUGGGUCAACCGCAGUGUUGGGUCUCAAUCCAGAAAUCGUGAUGAAAGCCGGCAAUGAUAUCGAUAUACAUCACAUCCACACUUUGGACUACAUCAAGCACCACGCGCCGCGUGUUCCGAUACCAGAUAUACAUGGUAUCCUUCAACACCCUGAGAGCAACCGCAUUUUCUUGCUCAUGUCACGAGCACCUGGCGAGCAGUUGGAUUCGACGUGGAAGUUCUUAGGCGAGGACGCGAAAGCUUCAAUCAGGGAGCAGUUUAGAUGCGAUUGGUGGCGAAUUUCGGUUCUUGCCUGCUCCAUGCUCCGAUGA